UGAUGUUCUCGAGCGCCAACUGUUAUGAAUUCAAUCAUCGGCUCAAUCCUCCAAGUAGAGUGUACUACACGAAGUUUCUACGUCAGUUGGGCCUGAAAGUAUGUGUUUGAGACUUGAAGUGUGCUGAGACAGUAUUGACAGCAGUUGCGACUGUGCCUUCGGUUCAAAGUCUUCGGAUAAGGGUUCGUGAUGGCGCAGGUAUUGGAUCUUUUGUUUUCGAAAAAGCUGUCGUCGGAAAAAUUACUAGAGUGGCUGACUGACUCAAAGUACAAGGCAGCCGUUCAUGAACUUCAGUCGCUUGAAUCAGAACGGAAGAACUUUAUAGAAUUUUUUAUUGAUUUCAUUCGUGACCAGUGCCCUUUUAUCCAACCUACGCCGUCGCCCACAAAGGUACGGCGCCCGAUUUCGCCGUCCGCGAGACUCGCAAGCUGUGACAGCGUUUGCACUCCCAAGCAGGACAGCGCAGUUUGCGCGACAUCACAACCUGCGGCUGUUGGCCGUCGACAGACCACUGUCAGGGUAGCCGGUGAUUGCAACAAGGCGUCGACGCUCCCGACAGCAGCCGUCCAAGCCGACUCAUUCAGUGUUUCUCGUACUGAAAUUUCCAACUCCAGCUUGUCUACGCCGUGCAUUGUUGACAGACGACCAAUUUACAAGGGUGAGCUAACGCAGCCGGCAGAGCUCCAAAAUGCGCCCGACAUUAGCGACUGCACCAUAUUUCCAGCUGUCAACGCGGUUAUCGAAAACCGAAAGCCGAUCAGGAGAAUAUCGCCAGUACCUGUCAAAUCGCAUUGGAGGAAGCUAACGCUGAGCGACUUCUUGCCUCCGGAGGUUUCUCACGAGAGUCUGCGAAGCCAUCGGUUUCCGAGGCUACCGCACAAAGAGUUCGCAAAAUCGCAGUUAAAGAAGACGGAUGCGUCGCGCCUUAGCUCUCCACCACAAACAUGCAGUUCUACGCAGCGUCGUCGUGGAAAGCAUCGGUCCCCACCAGAAUUUUGCCAUGUCAGCACUGCUGUGCCCCCAGCAGAAGAAUUGCAAGUGGAGAACUACGUUGUACCAACCACAAAUUGCAUUACUGAACGAGAAAAGCUUGACACUCUGGCUACUGUGUAUGCCGCACUCUUAAACAAAGGCCUUGUAGUGAACCUAACCAUUGAGCUUUGCUUCCUGCUGCAGUUGUUGACUGUGAAGCAAAAAGUUAACUUGGAAGAAAAAUCUACAAAACUUCUACAUUCUGUGCAUAACCGCACUUACUUUGCAGCUGCUGUGUUAGAGCACAUUCUGCAAUUGCUUUGCUUUUUGGAUAAGCCUACAUUAAAGCUGCUUUCAAAUGUAGAGCAGCUAUCUACAUUUGCACCACAGUUGUACUCGAGCCUUGUGGAGCUUGUAAAAGGUGUGGAGCCAGUUUCAAGAGGUUGGUCUUCCUCAAUCCAAGGUGUUGCUUUUGACAGUUCCACUGACAGCCUGAAUCAUUUUGCUUCGGACAACCACUUUCGGGCAUUCAGGAAGCAAAGAGACCUUUUUUACAGCCUUUUUCGUGACUGGCAGCGACACCAGUUUGGUUCUGGCAAAAGCUUUAGUACCCACUUUACUCGCAGGGUAGCAGAGAUUCUCGACAUGUGCAAUAAUCCAUGCAACUUGUCACACUUGGCUCGCCUUGUCCUUGGACAACUCGUGACCAGCUGCUGUGGAGGUCUAGUAUUUGACGACCAAGGAAACCUUGAUGAUAAGUUUCUGUAUGAUUUGAAAAGCACAUCCCCAGGAAAGAUGCAGAAGUUGGAGGAAAGAUUUUUGCUGCCUUUCAAAGUUGGAGGACCCUGUCCAAACCCAUCAUUUACCGGCUCCCAAGUUUUCUUCUAUGAAUUUAUUAGGGCUGCCGCAAAUCCAGUUUUUCUACAGCACUUCAAAGAUCAAUGUGUAGCGAAAAUUGUGGAGUUUGAGAAAGAUAGUCCUUUUCAGAAUGCUGAGCAAGUUCCAAAUGAUGACAUUAGGAGAGCCCUCAUUGCAGCAGUAUACAAGUUCAAGCUACUAGGUCUCUUCCUUGGAGUUGUUGAGUUUCUUCCUUAUACGACCAUUGAAAACUUACCAAAGCAAUAUCAAGAUGGACAACAGGCUAUUAGGAAUCAUAAGCCUUUGCCUCUGGACAUUACUGGUCUCAUAAAGGAGUCUGUACGAAAUAAGCAGCUUGCUGCAACAUUGACUUGGGUUGUCAACUUCCUUAGCAUGAUGGAUCCUAUUGCAAGGACACUCACUGCUUACAAAGAUGUACUUGGGGUGCUCUUUUCUAUUUACAAAUCAAGUGCAUUGCUGCAGACUAGCAGUGCUACUUUUUUUGCUAGAGUGUUGCUUGGCUGGUUAUUUGAGGUGCAAUCUAUUCAAUCUGAUGUUUUCGCUAAUGCUUCAAAUAGCAUACUUACACAUGUUGAAUCGCUAGGCAGCUUCAUUGAUGGCUCCAUCAUCUACAUGUGUUGCCCGUACCUUCGUGAGCUGCGUUGCACUCUGCUAGAGCAUAUGGGUGACAGAAAAGCUAAGUAUUGUGAAAUUCGCAAGAUCGCUCCCAUAUCUGCUAGUGAAGGGUUUCUGAAAGUACAACUUGAAAAUCAACUUGUAGAAAACUUUUUUCAUAUUCACCCGCAGUCUGUGAGAAAAACUGUUGAAUUUGUUGCUGACCGAGUUUUCUCUAAUGUUGCAAAAGUCUUGAAAAAGAAUCUGCAAGAUACCAUUGCACAGUCACAAAGCAUCAUUAUACAACUCAAACUUGAAGCACAUGAUAAGGAUGAAGAAACUGAAAAUGUUUUGGAGUUUUUUGAGCAGAUGAGAGAAAAAGCUGAAAAGGCAGCCCUUCAGAAAUGCAGAGAGUGCAUCCAAAAGCUAUUACCUGCACUUUUGCCUCCCGACAUGGAUGAUCAGGCUCUGAAAAUGUGCUGCAUCCUGAGCACGAAGAGUGCAGUUGCUAAAGUAGAGCAGUGGAUAAAGGCAAAUGUCACUGAAAAAGCUCUGAAGCAGGGAAUGUCUGCUAUACCAUGUACAGCCAGUGUGAAACAGAGUUUCUGCAUUGACAAAAGCAGCAUGUCACACUGCUCUGUCACCUCAGCAGCCACCAUAUUGGAUUGUCUUCAGGACCACAUUCAACGACUGCAGUCUGGAGAAGGCUGCACAACUGAGAAAGCCAUUAAGCUGAUAGAGUCGUGUGUGCAGUCUUUGCAUCUACGAAUGGAGUGGUCACCAAGUGCUACUUCAAUCUUGCAGCAAGCAUCGUUUGACUUCGUGCUAUGCCUUGCAGUUUGGUGUCCAGAUGUGUGCACAUGUGAUGUGUUUAAAGCUGCUCUGCCUUUGUGGGAAAACAGCCCUGCAGUCAAGAAAGCAUGCAAGAAACUCUACUGUGCCAGGAACUUAAAUCUAGCUUUGAUGAGUAUUGAUACCCAUAGCACAAUGUUCAAGUUUGGACAGCUAUCACAGUUUUUGUUGCACUUAGGCUUAAUGACUUUCAAUGACCUAGAAAAAAGCCUGAAUCAAGUGCUUGAUUUUGAACUACCUGGUGUUGUUCUGGAAGCAGCUGCACAUGUUAUCAGCAGUGUUUUGGAGUUUUACAAAAGCAGCAGCUGUGAAUCAGGAGGACCAAAUUAGCAUCAAGCACUGCAACAUCGCCCUCUUUUUGCUUCUCGAAGCUUUUACCAUCAUUGUUUGUAAUUGUAUAUAUUGUGACAUGCAUAUAGAGAAAUCAUGAGAAUUGAAAACAUUUUUUUCUACUAUCUGCCAUGGCUCAAUUCUUAGUACAAAUUAUCUAGUGAAGUUCUGACUCUCAAAUGAAGUUAUUAAAGCAAAGUUGUGAUCUUUAA